AUGGAGAUCAUGACAAUGUCAAAGCCAAACCAAGGUGGUGAAGUCUUCCAUUUUAGCCACCUUCAACACCCUCUGGUUCCAUUGAACUUGCCUUAUCUCUUCACCUGCAUGGGUUGCAAGGAGUAUGGUGCAGGGUUGAGGUUUAGGUGCCAAACUUGUGACUUUAAACUCCAUGACUUUUGUGCUCUUGCUCCUUCUCUCAUUGCUCAUCUUUUCCACAUGAAACACCACCAGCUCAUCUUCUUCACAAAACCAGGUGGUUUUUUAAGAUCAAAAUGUGACAUAUGUUGCAAAGCAAUGAUAGGAUAUGCCUUCCAUUGCACAACUUGUGAUCUUGCCCUUAAUAGUUCUCAAUCAUUAUCAUUAAGGUUUCUUCAAAUCAUAGUUGUUCAGGCUUGGGAGGAAGUCCAGGUCUAUCCAGAAACCCAAGAAAGACUAGGUUUGGCCUCCUAG